AGAGAUUUGUGUAUAAAGAGCCGUUUGUUAUGUUAGAUUUUUUCUGAGGAUAUAACCCUUUGUUGAUAUUUAUACUAUUACACUGAAACGACCAAUUAACAUGAAGGUCAAGAUAGUUGAGUGGCAUGGGUUCUCAACAUGGCAUUGGAAUCUCGUGUCUGAUAACAAUGGGUCAUCAUCCGAAUAUAUUGAUGAACUAUGUGGGAUUUGUCGUGUAGCAUUCGAUGGUACAUGUCCUAAUUGUCGAUAUCCAGGAGAUGAAUGUCCCAUUGUACUCGGAGCUGGAUGUAGUCAUAAUUUCCAUCUUCAUUGUAUUAUUAAAUGGUUGGAACAGAAUACUUCUAAGGGUCUUUGUCCUAUGUGUAGACAAGUAUUCACAUAUAAGGAAACUAAUGCAGUAGGAUCAGAAGAAAUGGUUAAUUUACAGAAUUUAAUUAUGGGUCAUAAGUCACUUCGUGAUAGUGGUAGAGAUGCGGGACAAAUGAUUGAAUCUAUGUCUGAAGAUGGAGAUCUACAAAUGACUACUUAGUAAUAGUCAUACUCGUACUCAUACUCAUACUCAUACUCAUAUUAAUCCGUAACUAGUCUUAGUCUGGCCUUCCCUAAGACCGA